AUGAAGAACUUGAAAGGACCUAGAACUGAUAAGCAACAUUUGUUGAAGUUACUUGAAGAUGAGAAGUAUACUUGUUGGAGUAGGACUCAUAGAGACUUCAGCGUUGUGAGGGACAUGUUUUGGAUGCACCCAGAUUCCAUAACUUUGUUGAACAUGUUCACUAUUGUAUUGAUCAUGGAUAGCACUUACAAAACAAACAAGUAUAGGUUACCAUUGUUUGAAAUUGUUCGUAACAAAACACAUUGUCUGACAGGUAAAUUUCACCUUUCUUUGUUUGAGCUUGAAUUUUUGAACUACUUAAAUUUGAGAAACAAUGAUAUCAAAGUUAUAUACUUGCCAUUGGAUUGUCAAAACUUGUCACUAGUUAACAUUCCUUGCUUAAGUGGAAACUUUUCCAAUGUUGUUCAUCUUGACUUGUCAGAAAAUGAGAACCUUGUGGUUGAUGAUUUGAGAUGGCUUCUUCGUCUAUCAUCAUCCUUAGAAUAUCUCAACCUGACUUCCAUUGAUCUCCACAAGGAAACUCAAUGGCUUCAGAUUUUGACAAUGCUUCCUAAGCUUUCUGAGUUAUAUUUGAGUAGUUGCUUACUUGAAAGUACGAGUUCAUCUCUUGAAUAUGCCAAUUUCACUUCACUUGAAUAUCUUGAUCUUUCUCACAAUGAUUUCUUCUCUGAAAUUCCUAAUUGGUUGUUCAACCUAAGUGGUCUUUCUUAUUUGAAUCUUGAAGAUAAUCGUUUUCAUGGAAAAAUACCCGAAACUUUACUAAAUCUUCAAAACUUACAUUCAUUAAAUUUGAGAGACAAUUUGAUGAAUGGAACUAUUCCUGAUUGGAUAGGACAACUUGGAAGCCUGCAAUAUCUAAAUCUUAGAGGGAAUUUAUUAAUUGGAUCUAUUCCAACUAGUUUGGGGAAUUUAUCAUCUUUGACUUUCCUUAGUGUUAGGUCAAAUAAGUUGAUUGGUAGUCUUCCUGAAAUUUUGGGGAAACUCUCAAAUUUGGAGGUGUUGAGUGUUCUAGACAAUUCUUUUUCUGGAGUUGUAACCCAUCGAAAUUUUGUCAAACUCUUCAAUUUAAAACAAUUGGUGUUGGGUUCACCAUUCUUCAUCUUUGAUUUUAAUCCCGACUGGAUUCCUCCUUUUAAACUUCAAGCAUUCGCAUUGGAGUAUGCAGAUCUUAAACGUCUUCCCUGGCUGUACACACAAACAUCCCUCACGUAUCUAGAAAUUAACAAUUCCUCAUUUACAAAUGAAUCUCAAGACAUGUUUUGGAGUUUGGCGACUCACUUUUAUUCUCUAAUUUUAAAUAACAAUUACGUGCCUUGGGACAUGUCAAAUGUGUUGUUGAACUCUGAAAUUGUAUUGAUGCUUGGUAAUGGUUUGAGUGGUGGCUUUCCUCGAUUGACUUCAAAUGUGAUCUAUUGUAUGAUAAUUGGUAACAAUUUUUCUGGAUCACUUUCUCCUCUCUUAUGCCAUAACACGAUAGAGCAAACCAACUUGAAAUUAUUGGCCGUUUCUAAUAACCAUUUAUCUGGAGAGUUGCCUGAUUGUUGGGCAAAUUGGAAAUCUUUGAAUAAUGUUGAUGUAGGGAACAAUAACCUAACAGGCAUGAUUCCACACUCAAUGGGUACCUUGUCAAACCUUACGUCAUUGUCUAUUUAUAACACUAGUAUGCACGGGGAUAUACCUGUAUCGUUGAAAAAUUGUCAAAAACUUGUGAUUGUUAAUCUUAGUGAAAAUAAAUUUUCUGGAAAAAUACCAAGUUGGAUUGGACAGAAUGUGAAAGCUCUUCAAUUGAGAUCAAAUGAAUUUAGUGGUGAUAUUCCUCUACAAAUAUGUCAACUAUCUUCUCUCUUGGUGUUGGAUCUUGCAAAUAAUAGAUUAACAGGAACAAUACCUUACUGCCUAAAUAAUAUCACCGCCAUGAUUUUUAAUAAUGAUUCAAAAGGAGAUGGAUUUGGCUAUUUGACCAUAAAUGCAAAUAAUCAAAUCAUAGUUACAAUCAAAUUUUCAUUGGUGGUAAAAGGCAACUGGUUUUACUAUGGAAAAUAUAUGCGUGUUAUUGAUAUUUCUAACAACAGUUUGUCGGGUAGAAUACCAUCACAAGUAUUCAGGCUCACCGGAUUAAAAUCCUUAAACUUGUCUCAAAAUCACCUAAUCGGAACAAUACCAGAAGAAAUUGGUAAUAUGAAACAAUUGGAAUCCCUUGAUUUAUCACAUAAUACACUUUCAGGAGAAAUUCCUCAAAGCAUGUCUUCUCUGUCUUUUCUUGAGGCAUUGAAUCUCUCAUUCAACAAUUUGAAGGGUCAAAUUCCAUUAGGAACCCAACUUCAAGGUUUUACACCUCUUAGUUAUAUGGGUAAUCCUGAACUUUGUGGAACUCCACUCAUCGAGAAAUGCAACCACAAUGAAACCAAAUUGAUGCCAAAUGAUGAGGAAGAAUCUGAGCUAAAUAUGGAAUGGUUCUAUAUGGGUAUGGGAGUUGGAUUUGCAGUAAGUUUCUGGAUAGUUUUUGGUUCCCUUUUAUUCAAGCAGACGUGGAGGCAUGCUUACUUCAAUUUUCUUUAUCAUGUAAAACAUAAGUUUAUGCCAAGAUCAUCCUGAAUUGCACUCUUUCACUUCAAAUUCUUCAAUAUGGAAAACAUAUGGACUUAUGUCUUUUUGGAUUCACCUUAUACUUUAGAGUGUCUUUCAAUGUCAAUUGUGGCGUUUAAAUACUAGUUGUCUUCAGUUUGUAUACAAAUUCCAUGUAAUUUAAUAUUGUAUGAAGGGAAUUAAAAAACUUAGAUUUUUUUUUUU